AUGCAGUUGGCAGGAGCAGUAUUUUAUCGCCAUCCACCAUCCGUCCCACCGCCUUAUCAACCUCCGCGGGUGCAACAUGACCAGCCUGGGCGUCCGCCGGUGAGCACCGCAGCGCUGGGGCCCGAGGAUUACGGGCGCUACGCAGCCCCGUUCAUUCUGGCCUACCCGAUGGUCCCGUGGACCGCCGGAGGCUGGAAGGGAAACUCACCACCGCUGGCGCCUCCGCCCCUGCAGCAGGCCAACGGCGACCCUCGACCGCAGGAACACAACGUCCCCCGUCCUCAGCAAUACCCUCCGCCGUCCACGCUCUUGCAAGCAAUCACCACCACCCCACCCUCACCGCACCCUGGCUUCGACACACGCUCGAAGGAGGUCACCACGACAUCCCCUCCGUACCCUGACAACGUCAUGCGUUCGGAGAAACUCAUUACCACUUCGCCCCCGCAGCACCCGGAUUUGGAAACUCACUCCGCGACAUCGGAGACGCUUCAGACCUUCUAG